AUAUUAAUUCUCUUAUUCUCCCAUGUGAGAAGCAUUUUUAUUCACCAUGUCCAUUUAUGGACAUUCAUUUCCGGUCCUUUUAUUUUGAAAUCCGGAUGUUGCGUUGUUGUUGAUUAAACCGGAGGACCUGUAUCGCUCUGCUCACAGCUGAUCCGCUUCACUGCUGAUUGAAGGAUCCACCGGGUGUGUGUGAGUCACCUGUUUUUGAUGAACUUGGAACAAAAGGUUAGUGAAGGAGAAAUGUUUGUAGCAGCAUCACACACCAUGAGGACUUCAGGAGCAGUGAGAUCAUAGCGGGAAAGAAACGCAAGGAGAAGCAGGCAGCUGAGUGGCAGUGAAGAUGAAGUCCAGGAGACCUCCUGACGGGGGUUACAGCUGGGUGGUGGUCAUGUCAGCCUUCUUCAUCAUGGGCCUCACCACUGGCGUUCUCAAGAACUUCGGCCUCUUCUUCUUGGACAUCCAGAGUCACUUUGGAGUCCUGACCAGCACCACCUCGUGGGUCACCUCCACCAUGAUUGCCAUGUUUCACCUAGGAGCUCCAGUGGCAAGUGCGCUGACCUUACAGUCUUCGCACAGAGUGGUCAUCAUAGUCGGAGGUCUGCUGUCGACCGCCGGGAUGUUGCUGGCGUCUCUGGACCUCAGUCUGCCCUGGCUCUACCUCACCAUGGGCAUCCUGCAAGGAACGGGCAUGUGCUUCACGUGGCUCCCUUGCAACACCAUAAUGAGCCACUACUUUGUACGGUGGCGUCCCAUUGCCUACGCCAUCGCCAGCUCCGGGGAGUGCGUCUUCUCCAUCUUGUUCAGCCCCUUCUUCCAGUGGCUGAUUGAGACGUACAGCUGGCAGGGUGCCUUGCUCAUCAUCGGAGGCCUUCAGCUCAACCUGUGCGUCUGCGGCGCUCUCAUGAGACCCCUGGAGGCCGCUCAGAGCCCAACGCAGGAAACCAAAGACAUACUAGAAGGCGAUGCCGCUGUGCUCCCAACAAAGAGGAAAGUUAUCUUCCAGUUCUCCCUGUUGAGAAAACCUGAACUAGUCCUCUACAUCCUGUUCGGCAUCUUUGCGGCAGCAGGGUUUUUCAUCCCACCUCUGUUUCUAGUGCCCUUCGCCAACAGUGUGGGGAUCGAUAAGUACCGGCCAGCCUUCAUCCUCUCUACACUGGCGUUCGCAGACCUGGCGGGGAGGCUGCUCAGCGGCUGGAUAUCCAACAUGAGGCUGGUGAGGAACCUGCAGCUGCUCACCAUGGUGGCCACUCUGCAAGGGGUGGUGCUCCUGCUGCUGCCCAUCAGCCACAACUACUGGGCCAUCCUGGUCAUGGCCUCGCUCUACGGUUUCCUGUUCGGCUGCGUGGUGGCCAUUCACAUCACCUCCAUCGUGGACAUUGUAACCCUGGAGGGAUUCGACAGCGGACUGGGGCUCUUCAUGCUUUUCAGGACCAUCGGUGGCUUCAUCGGCCCACCUGCUGCAGGCUGGCUGGUGGACCAGACAAACGACUACAGCGCUGCCUUCUACCUCUCGGGCACCUGCCUCCUUUCAUCAGCAGUGUUUGUCGUCCUGGUGGACUUCCUCGUUCACAGGAGAAAAUCGCUGGAAGCUGAAGUUGAUCAGGUAAUCACCCAAGACGACCACGAGGAAUAGUCAAGUGGGACUUUUUACAUUAGGAUUUUGAGCCUGAGGUGCCAGAAAGACGUGUUACGUGUUUGAACACAUGCCAAAUGCUGGGGGGGGUUGACAGACUUAUGAUGUAGGUGUAAGUCAUUAACCCUUUCAUUCCCAGCAGAAUGUUGCUGUUUAUCAACGAUCAAUAGUGCUGGUCCUUCGUUUAUAAAUUUUUUUUAAUUAUUGUAUUUUAAUUGGCAGCCAAGAGGAAAACGGUUUUAACCACAGAAACACUCUGGUGUGCAGUGAUUUAAGUUUUUAGUUUAACACCAGACAUUUUCUUUUUUUUUCUGUGGACUUUUUUCAAAUGCCUCUUCCUCCACUCAUCAGCUGUCGAGCUGCGUAAACAGACCGUAAACGAAAUCCUGCUUUUCUCCAUUUUUAUUUUGUUUUUAAAAAACGUAGUUUGUGUUUCAAAUGUAUCUACCUCACUGUUGUGUUUCCCCGAGAGACACUUUGACAGACAUAUUAAAGAACAUGUCUGUCAGAAAGUGACUCAAAGGACAAAAAGAAAAUAGGAUUCUGUACAGUUUCUACAGCUUGUUUUUAUAAAUGUUAUUCUGUAAACUUUCGUGAUCAAAACAAUUUAAGUUGCAGUACAGUCUGCAGGAUCCAAAUGUUUCUUUUUGCCCUGGAGGAAACCGAGCUGACACUAAUGACAGUGUUAAAAGAAAAAGGCAAUAAAUGCCAUGUAAAGACAGAAACCAACAAUGUGUUAGUCUGUUUCUCAGUACUGUCCUACAUACCUACUCUGUUACUGUUACCCAAAAAGGAGGAUGUAGUGUUUUUUAGGAACUAUUUUCAAAUAAAUAAGUGCAAUACAUCCUUAUUGUAAGCUAAUGAGAGACUGAGAGGCUGAUAUAUGGAAGUAGUCGUCUCUCGGACUGAAAUGCUGCAGACUGUUGUUUUUUUUUUACCUCUGCGUGACUGUAUUGUUUGCAGAUUAACACACACUUUAGGUAUAUUUAAAGUUAUUGUAUUUGAAUUGGCAGCCAAUAGAAAAAGGUUUUAACCAAAGAAAAUAAUUUAAGUUUUUAGUCCGUAAUGUAAAAAUGUGUUUUCUGUGGAAAUUUUCAAAUGCCUCUCGCUCGACUCAUUAGCUGCUGAGCUGCAGUAAACGGACACUAAAUCAAA